UUGCAGGAGCUCAUGCAUCCAAAGUCUGGGGCCAAUGGAACAGCCAUUACUAAAUUCAUCCUUCCAGGUUUGGUGGAGACUCCAGAGCUGCAACUAGUUGUCUUUGCACUUUUCUUCUGUGCUUACAUGGCCACAGUUGGGGGCAACCUCAGCAUCCUGGCAGCUGCCUUGGUGGAGCCCAAACUCCACACCCCCAUGUACUUCUUCCUGGGAAACCUAUCAUGGCUGGAUGUUGUGUGUAUCAGUGUCACUAUUCCCUCAAUGUUGAGUUGUCUCUUGUCUCAUAAGUGUACAGUUCCAUAUAAAGCUUGCCUCACACAGCUUUUCUUCUUCUAUCUGCUGGCUGGCAUGGACUGCUUUGUGUUGACAGCCAUGGCCUAUGACCGAUUUCUGGCCAUCUGCCGGCCCCUCACCUACAGCACCUGCAUGAGCUAGACAGUCCAAAGGAUAUUGGUGGCCAUAUCUUGGGCUUGUUCCUUUGCCAAUGCCCUAACCCAUACUGUGGCCAUAUCCACACUCAACUUCUGUGGUCCCAAUGUGAUCAAUCACUUCUACUGUGACCUCCCCCAGCUCUUCCAGCUCUCUUGCUCUAGCACCCAACUCAAUGAGCUGCUGCUCUUUGGUGUGGGUUUCAUAAUGGCAGGUACCCCAAUGGCUCUCAUUUUCUUCUCCUAUGCCUAUGUGGCAGCUGUAGUUCUACAAAUCCGUUCUGUCAAGGGCAGGAAGAAAACCUUUUCUACAUGUGGCUCCCACCUCACUGUAGUUUCCAUAUUCUAUGGUACUGGUAUUUUUAACUACAUGUGUCUUGGUUCAGCCACACUUUCAGAUAAGGAUAAAGCUGUUGGAAUUUUUAACACAGUCAUCAACCCCAUGUUGAACCCAAUCAUCUAUAGCUUCAGGAACCUUGAUGUACAGGAUGCCCUCUGGAGAGUGAUCAUGGGGAGGUGGUCAUUGACUUGA